AUGAAGGAUUCAAACAACCCAGGCCAGAACAGUAACAACACAUCCAGACACGCUUCCAUCGUGGAACUGCUGUCUACGCCGCCAGCUAUCGCGCAACAGCCUCAAUCAGCAACAGAACUAGAAGCGAUCUCCUUAUCGCGCAACGCUAGUGCAACAUCUCUAGACUCACAAAUGAGCUCAACCACUUCGUGUCUCACUAAAGUACAUGCUCAGAAAUGGCAACACAUCCAGCUUUCGCAGCUGAUAGAGGAAAACAAGCUCGUUACAGUGGAAGAGUCCGUGUCCGUGGAAGAGGCAUUCAACACACUGGUGCGCCAUAAUCUUACGUCGUUGCCUGUGGAACACGCUUCAAAUGACAUGAACUGCUUCACGUUCGACUACAACGAUCUCAACUCAUACCUGUUGCUGGUGCUGAAUAAAAUCCAAGUGAACGAUCCAAAAGUUGCCCGCGACUGUCAAAUGGGAAAACCGGUUCCAGUGGGCGAAAUCGUCAAGUUGACGCCAAAAAAUCAAUUCCACAAGCUACGCGAAACCGAUAACCUCAGUAUGGCCAUGGGUAUACUUGGGUCUGGUGUCCACAGAUUGGCCAUCACCGACCUUGAAGGCACUCAAAUCAAAGGUAUAUUGUCACAGAGACGUUUGAUCAAAUAUCUAUGGGACAAUGCCCGCCAAUUCAGCAGCUUGCAACCUCUGCUGAAUUCUAGUUUGAGAGAUCUCGGGAUCGGCGUACUGGACUCGCAAACGGCGCCAACGAGCCGUCAGUCUCGAGUCAUAUCCAUACAGGGUGAAGAACAGCUGAUAAUGGCGCUUUACAAGAUGCAUAAUGAGCGUAUUUCGUCCAUCGCUGUGGUAGACAACCACGGAAACUUACUAGGCAACAUUAGCGUCACAGACGUGAAACACGUUACUCGUACUUCCCAGUAUCCACUCCUGCAUAACACAUGUCGCCAUUUCAUUUCGGUCAUUCUCAAUAGUCGAGGAUUGGAAAUGGGUAAAGACUCCUUCCCUAUUUUCCACGUGUAUCCUUCGAGUUCCUUGGCAAGAACGCUCGCUAAACUCGUCGCCACCAAGGCCCAUAGACUCUGGAUCGUGCAGCCUGAAAACUCUGCGGCUUCGACACCAUCCUCCGCCAUAUCAAGCUCACCACAGUCCACAACUUUGAAUGCUCACGCGGGUGCGAACGACCAUGAAGUGCCCAACAGAAGCGGCUCCCCAAUAAGCGUGAAAAGCUUUGAUGAAAACACGGCACAAACCGCUAGCACUCCGUUGUUUGAAAAAGAGUAUCGUACUGGGAAACUCAUUGGAGUUGUCUCGCUCACGGACAUCUUAGGACUUCUGGCAAGGCGGCAAACUGAACACAAGCAGGUUGACCCUCAAGCUGCAAGAAGACAAAGAGGCAGUGUUGCUGUGUAG